AGGUAACUACUAUAGAAGUGUCACCUCCAUCCUCUAUCAAUCAGAUCGCGAUGUCUCGUAGGCCUACAAGCUCCGCAAGUAUGUUCGGUGGGGCUGGGGGAAGGGACUCCCGUGCGUCCGUGUCCACUCUGCAGGGUCUCCGGAGCGCUUUGCGCCCCGACUCCCAGAAGAGAGAUGGCGACAGCAUCGCCUCGGCCCAGCCUGAUGACAAGCGGACCAUGAAGGGCCUGAACGACCGGCUGUCUGGUUACCUGGGUCGGGUUCGCAAACUGGAGAAGUCCAACACGGAGCUGGAGGACAAAAUCAAAGAGAUUUUGAAGAGGAGAGGAAAGAUGACCGAUCGUGACUGGGAGGAGAUUGAGAAACCCCUGGUUGAGCUCAGGAAGCAGGUUCGUCAAAAGACCAUGGAGAAUGCUCGUCUUAUUCUGCAGAUUGACAACAGCAAACUGGCCAACGAAGACUUCAAAAACAAAUUGGAGACCGAGGUGGUGGCGCGUCAGAAUGUGGAUACGGACGUUGCCGACCUGCGCAAGGUCAUCGAUGACACUCAACUGUCCAAGAUGCAAUUGGAAAGUCAGAUUGAGGCCGUAAGAGAGGAGCUGGCUUAUCUCAAGAAGGAUCACCUUGAUGAUGUGAUGUCGCUGCGUCUGAAGGUAAAGGAUUCUGAUGUCACUGUGGAGGUGGACUCCCCUGAGUCCAACCUGGCCAGCACCCUCAACAAAAUUCGCGCUCAGUAUGAGAAGGUCGCUGAUAAGAACCGUGAGGACACUGAGACCUGGUAUAGUAAGAGGUUUGAUAAUAUCAAGAUUGAAGUGGCUAAAAAUACAGAGUCGAUCCAGUCCAGCAAAAAUGAGCUAACUGAUCUACGUCGCCAGAAACAGUCCCUAGAGAUUGAUGUGCAGGCUAUAAGUCAAAUGAUUCUCUCUCUGGAGGAGAACCUGCGGGAUACGGAGGGCCGCUAUGGCCAUGAGCUAGGCCGCCUCAACCGCGUGCUGCAGCAGCUGGAGUGGGAACUGAGCCAGGUGCGGACCCAGGUGGAGCGGCAGGCCAACGAUUACCAGGCCCUGUUCAACGUCAAGAUGAAGCUGGAGGCUGAGAUCGAGAGUUACCGUAAACUGCUGCAUGGCAUCGAUAGCACCGGCGAUUUCACCUUAGAACAUGCCUUAAAGAGUGAACCCCCACAGAAGGAGCCUGCUAAGAAGAGCAAGGGAAAAGAAGUGGCCCCGAAGGAAAAACAAGACAAAGCUCAGCCUGAUGACAAGGCUAAUAAGCCUGAUGGCCCUGCCCAGAGUCCAGCAAAAUAAAACAAACAACAACAAAUAAACAAUAACACAAAUGUGUUUUUUUUUUAUUUGUCAACAAAUAAAGGCAUAUGAUUUGACCUGCAA